AUGAACAAAGUACUUGAGAACAUGCUUGGUAAAUCUAUAGAGCAGAGAUUUGAGGAGAUAGAGGUGGAAGAGUUAAGGACAAAAUGUCAAGCAGAGAUAGAUGCAGAAAUGAAGUACAAAGGAAAAAGUGUUGAAGGUUCUGAAGUUACAGAAAGAUCAAUAGUUCUAUCGAAUGAUCCUGUAUCCCCUAUUCAGAAUCCUGUGCCUAUAUCUGUUGUAUCUACUAUCUUCGAGGAAGAAGUUUUACUUAAAGAUAUUACUGCUGAAGGUAAUGAAGAAGAUGAUAGUGAAGAGGAUGACGAUGAAGAGGAUGAUGAUGAAGAAAAAGUAUUCUCUGCUAGCAGUCACAGUGAUGACGAUGAUAAUGAUGAUGAUGACAAUCAGGGUGGUACUGGAGUUAAAGUGACUGAAGCAUCAAAUGAAAAGAAUGUUGAUGACUAUAUGAAUGAUGAUGCAAAUGAAGUAUCAAAGAGUGCUGAUGGAGAGGGGGAGCAAGUAGGUGAUCAAAAUGUUGAUGAAAGCGAAAAGUUGAUUCUUCAUAUCGAGCCCGAUGUAGAAGAGGGAGAAAUCAGGCAUACAUAUACGUUGGAUGAAGUUCUGAAGAUGUUCAAUGUGAAUGAAAAUGAAUUCAAGUUUGAUUUUGAGGAAGAGUUGAAUGCGUUCGAUAUCAAUCAUCAACCUGAAUAUGAGUACAAGUAUGUGGAAGAGGCAGAUGUCUAUGACAGGGUUAAGGUUGAGGAUUGUACAGAUGAAGAUAGUAUGAAUGAAGACACUUCUGAAUUUCCAACUCUGAUGGAAUUUUUCAGUCAAGAGAAUAGAGAUGAGCUGAGGAGAAAAGUUGCCGAGAUUUUGAAAGAUAAGAACUUCGAUGGUACUACAAAAGAUCCUCUGAAAGAAGAACGCAAAAAGUGGUUCAAGAAUAGCAAUGAUAAGAAAUUCAAGCGUCCUUUGAAGUAUUAUUAG